ACACUUGGGGCACGUGCGUGUAGUCGGUGGAUGUCAAACAGUUGGCAAGGUGGUUGGUGUGCGGGUGAUGUAUUCCUCGUGUUCCAAUACAGCAAUGAGCAAUGCUGAGUUCGGUUGACAACAUACGGAAGCUGAGACGAGUGCACGGCCUUCAGCUUCCGUUGCAUCCACUUCAAGUUUCCGGUUGGUUAACGAUAGCAAGUCUUUCAACCGGUUCUUUUUUGGUGGUCAUUCCCGCAUUACCACCAAAUUGGCAAUCGGGAGCUUUGGCAACUCUAUCAACGUUGCUCCUAUUACAUUUGGCAUCGCAUUUAGGUGCAUCUUUAGUAGACCCAGCCGAACCGGAAUUAAGAAAAAACGUUCCGGUUCCAGUACCUGAAUUGGACAGAUCGAAACACAUCCACGUUAUCGAAGAUGGAAAUUGUAAUUUAUGCAAAAUAAAAACGACAAGUGACAGAACGAAACAUUGCGGAGCUUGCAACAAGUGCGUUGAAGGGUUUGAUCAUCAUUGUAAGUGGUUGAAUCAUUGCGUAGGUGCAAGAAACUACGUAACAUUUCUUAUGUGCGUAUCAACGGCGGUUGCUGCAGCGGCUUUCGUCGCUAUUUUAGCAAUAGCCGAAUUAAUUUUCCACCAAACUGAAUCCGGAUGGUUUUCAAAACCAGAUAACAUAACGCUUCCCAUUCAAUCAUCUUUACCAUCCUCAGACGCCGCUUUUUUAGCCGUCGUAGCAGCACUCGGACUCCUCGCGGCGAUCACAGCAGGACUUCUCCUCCACCUUUGCUUCUUUCACAUUUACAUCUCCUUCCUCGGUUUAACAACUUACGAAUACAUUCGCCAACAAAGACCUCAACCGCCGCAACAACCACAAGAACCCCAACAACCACCCCCAACUGAAGAUACUCGAAAUUGUUCCAAUUUAAGACAUCGCCCGGUAGAUCUUUUAUGCGAGGGUCGUUCUAGAAUGACAGUUUACACUUGCACCGUGAUUGAAGAAACCGUUUCAUGCGUUGAACCAACCCCAACACCUCCAACCACUCCCCAAGACUGCAAUAGCUGCGUGACCAACCAAAAUUCCAUCGCUCCCACUGAAAAACCAACCAACAAAAAAGUUAAACAAAAAUGGAAUUGUUGCGUUUCCGUGCCGGAUAGUCCGGAUAGCCCGUUAGAACCACGUUGUUUGAUGUCACUUUGUAAACAUAAAAUGCGUAAAAAAAUUCCCGCCAUCGAAGGACGAAAUCAUCGGACUCAUGGUCAUUGGUCCAGUGCUAAAUUGAGAGUUUUAUUUCGAGUUUUAAGUAAUUUUGGAAACCAUAGAAGUAGACAACAAAAGACUGUACCUGCCAAGAAUAACCAAGUUGCCCCUUUAUCGCAAGACGGCAAUAAUUCGGAUAAAUCUCAACAGAUUCAAACGAUAAGUAACCUGGUGCCUGUUCCAUCUUUGCCGGAUCAAAGAAAUCAUCAGCCUCACCUUUCUCAACUUCCGACUCUUCCUCCACCACAAAGACAAAGGAUGAUUAGUGAGGUGGAAUUGACCAAUGCUUUGACUGCUUUGCAACAGCAGCAGCAACAACGUUGUUUAGGCAGGAGGACGUUGCCUCAAUAUAGGAGGAGGAGACGUAGCAAUGUCCACAGAACGAAGACCCCGACGUUGUCUCCAAUAAGGGAGAGUGGACUUUCUAACCCAGCAUCGCCGUCCAGACAAAACUGUACCCUUACCACGGGAACUUGUACACGUCCAUUUUGAAGAGAUUACAAAGAGAUAAAAAAUAGAUUAAUUAAAGAAAGAAACGACCGCCGCAAAAGACAUAUCCCGAUUAGAUACAAAAAUAAAGGAGAUGAAGAUACGUGUAUUAGCGGUCAUGUUCCCUUAUAUUUAAAUGUUUAUUCUAAAACAAAUUUUAUUAAUAUUAUAUUCAUUGUUGGAUGUGCUUUUAAAAUACAAGAACAAAUUACAUAACGUUGACAAGAAAUAAAGUUGUUAUUUUUUA